GUUCGCGAGCUGCAGACGCAGCUCAAGGCUCAGCAUGGCCGGAUCGAGCAGCUGUUCCAGAAGGUGGCCGCGCAGCAGCGACACCUGCAGAAGCAGCACUCGAGAAUCCAGAAUCUGCAGAGCCGGGUUGACCUCCUGGCUCCCCGGAACCUCGGCAAUAGGGUGUCGGAGCCUGCCCGAAGAAAGAGGCUCCCCAAGAUGGCCCGGCGUGGUGGCUGGGCUCCCAAUGCCACCCGCCCGCACAGGUUGCCCCGGGAUUGCCAGGAGCUCUUUGAGGAGGGCGAGAGGCAGAGCGGACUGUUCCAGAUCCAGCCUCAGGGGUCUCCACCAUUCCUGGUCACCUGCCAGAUGGCCUCAGAUGGAGGCUGGACAGUGAUUCAGAGGCGUCAGGACGGCUCGGUGGACUUCAAUCGGCCCUGGGAAGACUACAAGGCGGGCUUCGGGGACCCCCAAGGUGAGUUCUGGCUGGGCCUGGAGAAGAUGUACCGCCUUGCAAGGGGCCGUGGCAGCCGCCUGGCCGUGCAGCUCCGGGACUGGGAGGGCCACGGCCGGUCGCUGCAGUUCCCGGUCCACCUGGGCGGUGAGGAUACGGACUACAGCCUGCAGCUCACAGCGCCUGUGGCCAGUGAGCUGGGCGCCGCCUCCACCGUGCCCAGCGGCCUCUCCCUACCCUUCUCCACAUGGGACCACGACCAUGGCCUGCGCAGGGAUCUCAACUGUGCCAAGAGCCUCUCGGGUGGCUGGUGGUUUGGCACCUGCGGCCACUCCAACCUCAAUGGCCAGUACUUCCGCUCUGUCCCCCGGCAGCAGCAGCGGCAGAAGAAGGGGAUCUUCUGGAAGACCUGGCGGGGGCGCUACUACCCUCUGCAGGCCACCACCAUGCUGAUGCAGCCCACAGAGGACACUGUGGCCUCGUAGCUAUUUGCCCGGCCCUAGAGGACAGUGAUUUGGCUGAGGCCCAAGGAGGUGGCUGUUUUCUUCUGGGCGCACAGUCUGGGCGACAAUCACAGGAGCCUGGGUGGACAGAGGAGGCUCCACGACUGUAAAGCCCCCAUGCUGAGGAUCCGCGUCGCCUGGUGUGACAGAUUCUGGCCUGUGGGGUGGAGGGGCAUUGAGGCCACUUCUCGCCCGCCCGAGGAGUGGGGGACACAGAGGGGCAACGGGGACGUCCAGGCAGACUCAGUCACAUUGACUGGCCAGGGCUCUAGGGGCCCUCACGGUGCUGUCAUGUGGGUUGCUGCCACGCUGGCCAGGGCCAAUGGUGGUGGCCGGAUGGAGCUCACAGAGUUCUUGGAAUGAAAGCAACCUCAGAACAUUUUGUUUUUCGCUGGCCUUUGGUUUGUUUUUCAACAGCAGGCUGUUUCGAAGUCCACGUAAACAUGUUCCCAAGUGGGAAUGCGCCUUCAGGUCCUUCUGGGAUACAGCUGUUAUCCCUCCCACCUCCCACAACCAAAUCUGGUUCCCUUUGUUUGUUUGUUUGUUUGUGACAGGGUCUCU